AUGGUGCGCUAUUCGUGUGGUUUUCUUCUUUCCCUUUUGGGGGCGCUUACAUCUUUAGUUAGACAUGAUCACGAAAUGUUCUUCCCAGUUGUGAAUUGCAACACCCAUGUGCUGAACCAUGGAAAAGGGGGGAAGACGAGUGGUCAGCCCAUACAACCCCACCUAGGGGUGAGCAACCCGACGGAGAUUGGAAAAUUCAGCGCAGUUGAGAAGGGGGACGCGCAGAGCGGGAGCAACGUGGAGAACGAACUGGAAGACAAGCUGAAGAGACGACAAGAAGGAGAAGUGUCAAGAAGCAGCUCCCGAGGGGUAGGACUCCUCAGUGAUGUUUCACCACACAACGCGGGCAAACCAUUUGAGGAUUACAUGGGCGAAGAGAACAACCCAGAUGAACCCCCCUCAAAUAAUUAUAUCUUCUUCGAAACGACGAAUGAUAGAGCGAUAAAGAAGGUGGACUCCUUGUCCCAGCCAGACCAACAGAAGCUACUACAGAAUGAUUCCAACUGGGCUCAGAUGCCUAACAUAGGCAUUUCCUGCAGGGAAAUGGGAUGUCCAAAAACGUAUCAGAUGUGCGUACCUUUCUUUUAUGAUAGUGCAAACUUUGAAGGAAAAAGGCUCAUAGAAUUUAUUACUUCUACUAGCACUUUAAAAAUGAACGGGUUAAAAUUCGAUAACGAAAAUAUUAUUGAAGAUAAGAGAAAAUACAUCCUCAUUUAUUCCUGCGUUUGCAAAAAGUACACUUCGAAUGGCUCCUGUGAUGAGUCCGUGGAGUAA